AUGGAGAUUAACAGACCUGACGGCCGGUCUCCUAAUCAAAUGAGACCCCUGGCGUGCUCAUGUUCUGUCCUGCAUCGUGCCCAUGGCUCGUCCAGUUGGGCUCAAGGAGAAACCAAAGUGCUUGCUGCAGUUUAUGGACCCAAAGCUGGAACCAAGAAGAAUGAAAAUCCUGAAAAAGCAUCCAUUGAAGUUAUUUGGAAGCCGAAGACUGGGCAAAUUGGAAAAGUGGAGAAGGAGUAUGAGAUGAUAUUGAAGAAGACUUUGGAAAGCAUAUGCAUUCGAUCCGUAUAUCCAAACACCACCACUUCGGUUAUUGUCCAGGUUGUCCAUGACGAUGGUGCUCUUCUUCCAUGUGCAAUAAAUGCAGCAUGUGCUGCACUUGUCGAUACUGGAAUUCCUCUAAAGCAUCUUGCUGUGGCAAUAUGUUGUUCAGUAACAGAUAGUGGGUAUAUUAUAUUGGACCCAACCAAAGAUGAAGAGGAGAAAAUGAAAGCCUUUGCCUAUUUAGUUUUUCCAAAUGCAAUUGUUUCAGUCCUACCGGAGAGUUCACUGCAGGUGGGUAGUGAACCUAUGGCCCAUGGAAUCAUGACAUCUGUUACACGAGGUGCUAUGUCAGCGGGUGAUUAUCUUCAUUGCCUAGAACGAGGGCGUGCUGCUAGUACAAGGUUGUCUGAAUUUUUGAGGAAGAACGUUGGAUUGAAAUCUACAACUGAAAAAUGUCACCCUAGUGGCAGAGUUAAAGGUGAAAAGGUGUCUUCAGGGCAUUGCCAUGAAGAGGAUGAUUUAUGUUGUGUGCCAGGAAAAAUAUAUCCCACAUACACAUGUUCACCACCAGUGUAUAGUCAUACCAAAGCAUAUCUCACUCUUACCAGCUUUGAGAAGGGUGGAGAUGGUAACGGUCCUUCAAAAUGUGACAACCAAUAUCAUUCUGAUCACACACCUGUGGUGGCACUUUCCACUGGAUGGUUCAAGCACAAGAGAAUGUGCCUCCACAACAUUACCAUUAGUGGCAAUGACAGAACUGUGGUGGCCAUGGUGGUUGAUGAAUGUGACUCAUCAAGGGGUUGUGACAGACACAAUGGCUAUCAACCUCCUUGUGCCAACAACAUUGUUGAUGCCUCAAUGGCUGUGUGGAAAGCCUUAGGCAUUCCCAUGAGCCAAUGGGGAGGGAUGGAUAUUACAUGGUCUCAUGCUUAA